CGCCAUCUUCGUUUGUUUCAGAAGACACCUGCAGCUAGUAAACAAAGUGAAAAUCUCCUCAAAUCAGCAAAGUGUUUGUCCCGUCACAGCUCGGUGGAAGAAUCAUUUGUGAACGUGCACGUUUGGAAAACAUUGUUCCUGCGGGAAACCGUCAUCGGAGCAGCUGAGGAGCAUUGACAAGAAAACUCCUACUUCCUAUUUCAAACGGUGACCUGAAGGGAAGUGGCUACAACAGCAGCUGGGAAGAAGAGUCCGUCCACGAAGAAGACGAGUCCCACUGCCGUCUCAAGACUCAAACUCGCUGUCGCUGCUGACCGAGAUCUCUGGCGUGGAGGCUCCCGUUCCCCUGCGCUCGGUCUCCGUGCUGCAGUCGCUGGCCUCCGGGCUGCCGAGGUGGCGAGGGGAGCUGAGAAGAAGAACGAAGACUUCCGGUUUCAGAAGAGUGACCUGCACACACCAUGCACACUUUGACCAAAACGUGAAUAUUGUGACCCUGACGUGGACUGAGCAGAGAAGAAUGUGACACAGGCCUCCUGCAGCGUCAGCCGGGUCAAUGUUCACGGUCAGGUGCACUUUGGGAUCAGCAGCUUGGAGACACAGGAUCAGGCUGCAAAACAGCAUGUCCACCGCUGCGGCCCACCCAGUGGCUGCCGUCUGCCAGGCGACGGCCACCCCGGACAAAGAGGCUAACUUCUCCGCCUGCAAGCGGCUGGUGGAGGAGGCCAAGGGGCGGGGGGCCAGCAUGGUCUUCCUGCCCGAGGGCUUCGACUACAUCGGAUCCAGUCGAGAGGAGACGCUGGCGCUGUCCGAGAGCCUGGCGGGAGACACGAUCUCGCGAUACACUCAGCUCGCCAGAAAGUUGGAGGUGUGGCUGUCGCUCGGGGGGUUUCACGAACGAGGACACGAAUGGGAGACGGACAGACGGAUCUACAACAGUCACAUCAUAAUUAAUGACAAAGGUGACGUCGUUUCAGUCUACAGGAAGUCCCAUUUGUUUGACGUGGAGCUGCCGGAAAAAGGCGUGUCCCUCAAAGAAAGUGCCUUCACCAUCCCCGGACCCGCCCUCGUGUCUCCGGUCCAGACUCCCAUCGGCAAGGUCGGUUUAGGCAUCUGCUAUGACCUGAGAUUCCCGGAGUUGUCGCUGGCUCUGCGCCACCAUGGGGCCGAGAUCCUGACGUACCCGUCGGCCUUUACUGUCGCCACAGGAGCUGCUCACUGGGAGGUGUUACUCCGCGCACGCGCCAUCGAGACCCAGUGCUUCGUUCUGGCGGCCGCCCAGGUAGGUCGGCACCACGAGAAGCGCUCGUCGCACGGCCACGCCCUGGCGGUGGACCCCUGGGGUGAGGUGCUGGGUGACUGCGGAGGGGAGAGCCCAGGCCUGGCGCUGGUGGAGAUCAACCUGGACAGAGUCGGCAGCACGCGGAGAAACAUGCCGGUCGAGCGGCACCGCAGAGACACGGGCUUCUACCGCAGUGUGGAGGAGACUUGACCUCAAGAGAAGUGCAGAUGAUAAAAAAUGUGUGUCACUGGAAAGACGGUGAAGUCAGGCAAGAGACUCAACAAGAGUAAUGGGUCACAGAGGGGACAAGCUAAAUAAGGUAUAGAAUAAAAAAAAUGAAUUUAGGUAAAUAAAUAUUUCAUAAACACUUCUUGCUUCCUCUCCUUCCCUUACUGCUUCCUGUGGCUCCGCCCACAUAAUCUAUACAAGAAGUCAAAUCACCUGGCUCACUCUCCCUGAACAAAGACACCUGGCUGGGCCGCAUGGUGGAGGCCUCGUCCUUCACAGCUUUCUCAUUGUCUUCAUGAAAAGUGUGAGUUCAUCUUCUUUUUUGAUGGUUUAUCAGUUUAUAAACAGAUCUGAUUCUAUAUCGUGGAUAAUUGUGUUGAUGAUUUAAAUUUGACUUACUUUAGUCGUAGGUUUGGACGACAUUUUAGUGAGUGUUGAGGUUAUAUUUGUUUGUUAGUUAAUUUCAUGAAAGACGCAAGUAUAUUGUUUAAUAUUGUAUUGUGUUAUCUUCCUUUUGUCAGCACACAAUUAAAUAAUGCAACAGAAA